ACAGAGUGUACUCAGCCCUCUGUUGCAGUACCGUCUGCGCCUCCGUAGACCACUGUCUCCCCUCCUUCCCCGCCGCGACUACCGACGCGUCGAGCCAUUCGCUCAACCCGUUGCAGCGAGCAGCUUGCUACUCGCGAGGACGUUGUGUCCUCUCUUCUGGACUUGAGCAUGCUCCAGGCUCGUCAGGAGCGACUCACCCUCCAUGUCGCUGCACUGCUUCGCCUUCUCGCCAUCCUCUCUGACCCUGAUCGCACCCUCCCGAUCAUCCCAGUACGACUCGGGACCUCCACGAGGGUGUACUCAACGCUGUGGGAUUCCGGUUCUCAGGGCGACUUCAUUCACCCACGCGUGGUGAAGGAAGCCCGCUUACCCACGACAGAAUCUCCGACUCCCAUCUCCGUUACCCUAGGGGAUGACAAGACCCAACGCUUCUUUGAUCAGACGGUCACCGACCCCCGCUUCUUCCUCACCUUCGAGCCGACUGAUCGUUCCCCGGCGUCUCGUCGCCACCGCUCCUCUGCACAUUUCGAUGUGAAGGAGACGGGGUACGACUUCAUUCUCGACACUCCGUGGUCUCGUCGGUUCCGCAGCACCGAGGCUGAUUGGGCGACCAACACUCUCGUUCUCAAAACGAAGUGUGGACAGACGUAUCGCGUACCUUUCAUAGGUACCACGACGAUACCGCACCCCGAUCCUCCUCCCCCGGAGAGUUCAGUACCCACACCACCCCCCUCUAUCACUGUAACCUCACCUCGGCAGUUCGCUCACUUCAUUCGACAGGAGGACAUCACCUUCUUUAUGGUGGACGUGACGGAUCUCUUACACUAUGAUCCACCCUGUCCCGACGCCGAGCUCAUCCCUCUGGAGCCAGAUCCUCCCUCUAUCUCCAUGACUCCCAUCUCUACUUCCGUCCCUCCGCCGUCCGUCGAGUCCACCUCGCCGUCGGGCGGUGACGCUGACGCUGAGGAACUCGCACGAUAUACGGCUGACCUGGAGCCCGCAGUUCGUGACCUCAUCGGAGAGUACCACGAUGUUUUCCCAUCGUCGUUCUCGUACGCCGGCAUCCCACCGAUGCGUGACGUCGAGCACUCCAUUCAGCUUGUGCCUGACUAUCGUGUUCACCACCAGACACCCUACAGACUCUCGAUUCCCGAGGCCACCGAACUCAAGCGUCAGCUUGAGGAGCUCCUGAGACUGGUGAAAUUUAUCUUGGCCAUGAAUGAUGUCCUUGUUUGUGAUCGUUCCGCUGCUGCUGCUGCUGUUAUGAACUCCAACUGUCGUCGGGAAUCAGCUCAUUGUUUUCCGGAGCUAGGUACGGCCCACGGGCGUUAUCUGCAGCGAGGAUCUGUGACAAUUGGAUAUGGCGCAACACGGCGAGAGCGUAUGAAGCAGGUCAAUGUGAAGAAAAUUUGGAUCCAUGAAAACCCAAUGGUCCACAACGUGGCAGUUCUGAUGCUAGAGAAGGCGUUGGCUUUCUCGUCAGCCGUUGGAUCAGUACCAAUCUCGGGAGAUGACAGCUCUCUCGUGGAAGGUUCUGACUUGACGACAAGCGGUUGGGGAGCUACGUCCGAAGCUGCCCAUUGUCUGUCACCAGAGCUAAGGUUCGCCACAGUGGAUUAUUUGCCGAACACGUGUCAGCAGCGUUACACGGGUUUCACAGCGGACUCGAUGAUCUGUGCUGGCUGUGAAGCCGGAGGCGUUGACAGCUGUCAGGGUGACAGUGGAGGACCACUCGUAGCUCGCUCCGGCACAGGAGGGUGUCCUAUUCUUGUCGGGGUGACGAGUCGGGGCUACGGAUGCGCCCGCGCGCACUAUCCUGGCAUGUACGCGAGAAUGAGCCGGGUGGUAACCUGGAUCGAGACCAUUGUGGGACAGCCCCUAAGGAGCGCAGUACCUCCCUCUCCUACUCUCAAUUGUGAUCAUUGCAAUGGCACUUCGUCGACCUGCGCCAAUGCUGAGCCCUUUGACGCUGUUAGAUGCUCUGCUGAGAGCAUUCUCUCCCUCUCACUCAGCAUGUCAGUCGUAUCCAGCCUGAGGUCACCCUGUACGAAUGCGGCCCCUGCCGAUAAUAGGAACAACAGCGCUAGAACUGACCGAACUGUGAAAGAGACUGUGGUGGUCAAAAUCACCAACCUUCCCAGGGUUAGGCCCCACAUGCUCAAGAACCAUCAAUCUGCGAAUGUCUUGUUUGUUCGGUCUCUCAGUGGUCCUGGUAAUGGAUACCUGAAGAUGGGCCAAACCAGAGUCAGUGUUCCGCUGAGUGGGUUGGUGGAAGUAUCCAAACAUUCCAGUACAAUGUGCGGACUAAGUCCUGGCAAUUGACUUGGGAAAGCAGGCUGUGCAGAUAUACUUACGCUGCGGUCUUUGUUCUUCCCGUCAAUAGAGAACGCCCCUUGAUUC